AUGUCACCCUCCAAGAUAGCAGAGCCGUGGCGAUUGACAGCCUCUGAGGUCCUCUCCAGAAUCCAGGCUGAUGAGCUUUCGGUCCAAGAUUACGCCAGAUCUCUGCUCGAGAGGAUCAAGGCCCGGGACGAUCAAGUGCAGGCCUGGGCACAUUUCGACGAAGAUCUGGUGAUCGAGCAAGCAAAGGCCCUGGAUGAGGUACCAAAGAAGAGCCGAGGUCCUCUUCAUGGCCUGCCUAUUGCAGUCAAGGAUGUCAUCUACACCAAGGGCAAGACGACAACCGCCCAGUUCGCAGCCGUCCACGUCGGUCCAAAGACCCGCAACCCCCACGACCCCCUCCGCACCCCCGGUGGAUCGUCUACCGGCUCCGGCGCCGUCGUCGCCGACUUCCAGGCUCCCCUUUCCCUGGGUACCCAGACCGGCGGCUCCAUGAUCCGGCCUGCCUCGUUCAACGGCAUUUAUGGCCUCAAGCCCACGUGGAACUCGGUUUCUCGCGAGGGGUCCAAGAUCUACUCCCUGACCUUUGACACACUGGGGUGGUUUGCUCGGUGUGUUGAUGACCUCGCGCUCUUGGCUGAUGUUUUCGGCAUCCAAGACGACAAGCCAGAGGAGGAUGCAACUGUGUUUGAAGGCGUCAAAGGUGCGCGUUUCGCCAUCUGCAAGACAGUCGUCUGGCCCUUUGCUGGCCCUGGCACCCAAGAAGCCUUGUCCAAAGCUGCCGCCCUUCUUGAAGCCCAUGGCGCCAUCGUCGAAGAGGUCGACCUCCCGUCAGAAUUCGACAACCUCCCAGAAUGGCAUCGCGUGGUCCUUCACUGCGAAGGCGGUACCGCAUUCUUGCCGGAGUAUCGUGUCGGGAGGGAUCACAUCAACCAAGUUCUUGUCGAUCAUGUCGAGAACAUCAACGGAUUCACCCGCAAGGAGCACUUAGAGGCGUUUGAUGGCAUGGCGGCCCUUCGACCCAAGUUUGAUGAGAUUGCUGGGCAGUACGCAGCUUUCAUCACCCCAAGCGUGCCUGAUGAGGCACCUGCCCUGCACACGCCCGUGCUCAACGUCCCCGGCUUCAAGGGCGCCCACGACAUGCCCAUCGGGGUGUCCCUGGUAGCGCCACGAUAUCGUGAUCGUCAUCUUCUCGAUGUCGGCAAAGCGGUCGGUGAAAUCUUUGAGGCUGAAGGCGGAUGGGAGACCAAGCUGGCGCUGGACGAUUGCCGACGACUCUCGUCGACAAAGGAGUCUAUAUCCCAAAAAUCCGUCCAUGACCAGAACCGCUGA